UAGUUUUGACCCACUUGUGUCAAACAAACAAAAAUCCGAUAGUAAAGAUAGUCCCAAUCAAUCACCACCACCUGAUCUCUUACGUGGGUCCUAGACUUUCACCAGGUCUCCACGUGGCAGAUUCAGCCGCUUCAUGCUCAAAUAAUGUUCUUUCUUUUAAUAAAAAUAAAAUCAAAUAACAGCAUGAUCAGAGGAGAAGGAGCAGAAAAUUUCCACUUAGAGGAGAGAGUUUGAUAGAAACGUAAUUCUUUAUCGAUCAAAAAGAGUCCCUUUUCUCUCGCGACUUUCAAUCUGAUUGUAAGGUCGGACAUGAUAUUUUGAUGUUUUAAGAGCAUUAGUAUAUGAAGCUUACUGCAUCAUCUUUUUAGUGUCAGAAGUGAAUUGCAGCUGCUUUCUUAAACAACUAUCAUUGUUUCGGAAUCUCAAAGAAUGUCGAGUGGACCAGCAAGAAGGGUCUCACCCAAAGAUAUACAAGUGGUGCAAAAUCUUAUAGAACGCUGUCUUCAGUUGUACAUGAACCAGAAGGAAGUUGUGGAAACUCUGUUGGCUCAAGCGAAGAUAGAACCGGGCUUCACUGAACUUGUUUGGCAAAAACUUGAGGAAGAGAAUCGGGAAUUCUUCAAGGCAUACUAUUUGAGACUGACAGUGAAACACCAAAUAAUAGAAUUCAACAAGCUGCUUGAGCAACAGGUGAGAUUGAUGCGUCAGAUAAAUCCUGCUGCUUCGAUGCCCACUUCUAAUGGUACUCAUAUUCCACCAAUGCAUCAAAAUUCGGCAUGCUAUGCGUCGGAUCACAGUGGAUCAGCUCUGAAGCCCGAGAACAUGCAUCAUCUCUUUGGUUCCAGUAUGACUAAUGCAUUCACCAAUGUUGGUUCAUCACUGCAUUCAAGUAUGCAUACUGCUGUUGAAAUGUCUGCUCACGUCAAUAGAAUUGAUGCCCCUCCAAACAUGCUUUCAACGCAGAGCUCAAACAUUGGUUUGAUGCAAGGAUUAAAUGGGGGAAUGAUCAAAUCUGAAGCUGGUUAUUCAGGCACUAACCCUUAUAUGUUUGGUGCUGACGGAAAUGUCCUGGAAGCUCGCCCAUCACUUGGAGAUGCAUCUGUUGCAUCUUUCAGUAGUGUAGAGUCCAAUUCACAAGCUUUGAAUGAACCACUUUUGGAUGCAGAUACUUCUUCUUAUGGAUUUUUGAAUCAUAUUCCUCAAACUUUCAGUCUUUCUGAUUUGACAGCUGAUUUUGCUCAGAGUUCAGAUAUAUUGGAGAACUAUCCCAGAUCACCCUUCCUAGCGUCAGACAAUGAUAACUUCCUAGAUUCACGCGAACAAGAACAUCAAGGUUUUCCUUUUGCCAUUUUCAUAAUGCUUCGAAUGACACAGAACAUGAAGCUAAUAUGGUUCCUGGCCUUGCAGGUGACAAUAAAAGGUUGGACACUAUAUCAGAAGGCGUGAGCUAUGAUGAUUUUGGAAGCGAAUAACCAUAAAUUUCAGUAGUUCAACUUGGACCCCUUUGGCUGGGUUUGUACAUAGCAUUUGAGAAGAGCCUCAGACUUCAGAUGUAGAACUCUACGGAGGUAUUUAUUGUGUGUGAAAUUUCACUGACUACAAUUUGUAGCAUAUUGCACUUUGAUUUAGGAUUGUUUAGGGGGAAAACGUUUGAAUAAUUUACUCUUCCUUUUGCCCUUCCCCGACUUGAUAAUUACAAUGGAAUCAUAGGAACAAUUUUAUGUCAGGUCUCGGGAAACGGAUAUUUUCUUAUUCUGGUGUGAUGGUCCUUCAUAGGUUUGUGUUAUAUGGGAAAUUGUGCUUCCUUUUGAAAUUAGAUUGUGAUAUAUGAUGGAAUAAGAUCUUCCACUGAUUAAUA